CGCCGCUUACCUCCUUGUUGUCAUUGCUACCGCCGCUACGACGGCUCAUGCCAGCGCUGCGCUGACGUGUACCACGGACCCUGAGCUGUCUUGCAUCAUGUGAGUGCGAAAGCAACAGCACGGUCGAGGCAAUGCUCAUCAGACUUCGCCAUCCGCAGCGCCGGAAAGGGCAUCACCGUUACAGGCAAGAACAUCACCGCCUCUGGCCCCCUCGGUAGGAAUGUGCAAGGCACCCUCUACGUCAUUGACCCGGCUGGGGGUAAUGGCGACAUCCUGGGCUGCGGCGGUCAAGGAGCUUGGGGCUUUGACUACGCAGGCAAAGACAAGGAUGCCUACUUCAAUGGAAAGACGCAGCAGGUCAAUGGAAAGCUAUCCGUACGUCUGCAACGCAAGGUGGCUGGGGUACCGAUUCCGUAACGCUGACCACGUCUCCGAGUGUCACUCGCCACUGCGCAGGGCUUCUUUGCCAGUAACUCGGCCGUCAAGGUGACCCACGAUGAGGUCAAGUCCUACUCCAAGGGCGAUGACUUGUGGCUGUACUGCGCCUGAUCUUGAGAGGGAUCACAACGCAUGUCAAGCAAUUCGAUCGAUUCGAGUGCUCUGUCGUGACCCUGUGCAGAAUUGUCGCCAAGGCGCGCUUCUUGCAUACCUACUUGACCUUAAGAAGAUGCUCGAGCCCCACAGCUUGAAGAUGAGCGUGCCUACGAUGACCUCGGAUCCUGUCCUGUUGAAGGACGCAAGGACUUGCGGCUACGCGGUGCAGACUGGGUGUGACGGCGGACGCGUCAGGGCAAGGGUGGGCAGAGAAUACUGAUCGAUUGAGAGGGCAAAGACGAACAGCAAGGAAUAGAGUAUCAAGAAGACGAACGUGUGGGGAUGAGGGGAGUGUAGAAGGUCGUUCGAGAGGAUUAGGUAGAGGUGUGGAUGUUUGUCUUCGACGCUGCGGAGAGGAA